ACUUGCUGAAGUGCAGAAAAUCACAAAGGCAGUAUUGAAUGAAAAGGGUUUCGUUCUGAAAAUCACCAGGAAAUCUACAAGAAAACAAGAACUUCUAAUCAAGCGGAAGGUAUCAUUUCUCAUGAUCUGAUCUAGAAAUGGAAGCAUUUUGUAAGUCUGAUGCUGUUGUUCUGACUCCAACGAAGUUUAGUUACUUUGGUUUGGUUGUAAUUGCCAUUGGGAUCAUUUCGUCGAUUAUAUUUUCUGCYCGAAUCAACACUUUAAGGACAAUAGAAAGACGGGAUUUCAGUUGUCAUGCUGAUAGUGAUAGAUUCCCAGAUAAAAAGUUCUUGGAAGCCAAAUGCUUUCACCAAUACGAGCAAAUCUACAAUUCGCCACUAACGUUCUAUGCAUUCUCACUUUUGCCUUUGCUUUUGCCUUGGCUCGUUUGUGCCAUGUACUGGUGUUACAUAAAAMCUCGAACUGAUGAAGUUGAAAAGGCUUCCAAGCCUGACCCAGAAAACCCUAGUUAUGUACCAAGGAAAACAACGAAACGAGUCUUUAGUUGUUAUCUCGCACAGUUGCUUAUGCGCCUUGUACUAGGAAUUAUACACACAAUAAUACUUCAAAUGCAUUAUCAUCAACGUUUUCCGGUAGAGUUUCGGUGUGAAUUAAAUUUCUUGAGAAAAAGAGACGAGAGAGACAAUAUUACAGAUUCCAAUUUAUACGACGUUGAUAUUGGAAACUGCCAUAAUUCCGUCGGGUCAGAGAAGUCAUUUUGGGUAAACGUGAUGUUUGGCGUACAGAUAACGCUUGUAUUGUUAAUCAAAUCGGAACUUUUGUAUCUUGUUUAUAAAGUCUGCAUGACAGGAAAACAUUUCAUAACUGACUCUGAGUUUUGUGAAAGGUAUCUUCUACGCAUGAAAAAAACUGUCCUGAUUUACCGAACACAAAUUCUUGAACAGACGAAAUUCGAGGAAGCUCUGAUUGAGAUAAACACUGGAGAACCGGGCCAAAGGGUCGAAAAACAAGAGGUAGAUGAUAUCUACGUGGACGUGAUCAUUCAUUCUGGAAGAGUCAUUCAUCACUUCGAGAAGGCUAAGCGGCAUGAAAAUUUAAACGUCCAUCUUAGAAUUCCUGAAAACUCAGUUAUCGGAAAGCAUGCAGAUUUCUUUGAUGACUCGAUUUUAAAGGUUCUUGUUGUCGGUCGUCCAGGAAUUGGAAAAUCGUUACUAUGCACUAUGCUUUUACGGGAAUCAUUACGAGGCCAACUAUUGCAGGAAUUCACUUCUGUAUUUUUGUUUCGAUUUCGACAGCUGAAUUCUGAGUUAACAACAAAAAUGACGCUGGAGCAUUUUCUAAAAAAAGCAGAUUUGAAAUCAGGAGAUGUGGAUUUGCAAUAUAUUGUGAACAAUGCUAGCAAAGUCUUAAUCAUAUUUGACGGUUUUGACGAGUUUCAUGCUCAUGACAGCUGUUUGAUUGAAGCAGAAAACUGCGCUGGAAAUGAUGUAAGUAAUGAAAUCCCUGUUUCCGCCUUCCUGGUCAAACUUUUACAAAACAAACUUCUUCCUGGAGCAAAGAUAGUCUUAACCACUAGACCCAAUGUGGUUGAAACGGCCGGCAUAUGGAAACUUUUCUGUGGCAACAAUUGUAACGGUAGAGAACUAGAAAUAUUAGGAUUUACUCCUGAUAAAGUACAUUCCUAUGUAAAAACGUAUUGCGGCGGUGACUCCGCUAAAGCUGAAACCAUGUGGCAACAGAUCCAUUCCAACAUCAAUCUCCGUUAUCUGUGCUACAUUCCUGUCACCUGCAAAAUUGUAUGCAUUUUACUAGAUCAUCACAUGAAAAAUGAAAACACUUGCCAGGAAUCGACAACUAACUCAUUCACGAGGCUUACUGAAGUAUAUCAACAGGCUCUUGAGAUAUUCUUAUCCAAUCAUUAUCGAGGAAAGGAACAGACAAAGCGGAAGUCGACGGACAGUUGUACGUUUUCCGAAACGCUACAAAAACCUUUAGCUGAGCUUGGAGAGGUAGCUUACAAGGGUCUCGAAGACGGACGAUUGAUCUUUGAAGAAGAUGAAGUCAGCUGCCUGGACAGUUGUGGACUUCUUCAUUGUAUGCCUCGACAUUCAAGCGGAAAGAAGAAUUUUCUUGAAUUAUUUCAAAGACCUCCAUCCCAGUAUUGCUUUAUUCAUCUUACUAUACAAGAGUUUCUAUCCGCCAAAUACCUGAUUGAUGAGAAAGUUGAAACUCACGAUCUGGAAACUUUUAUCAAAGCCAAAGCAGAAGAUGCAAACUGGCAUGUUGUGAUUCAGUUUAUAGCCGGAUUACUUCAACGCAGCCAUCCCUUGUAUAACGAGGUAACUGAAGUUAUUGAGGACAUCCUUAUUGAGAGUUUGAUGACAGAACCAUUACCAGGAAGUACAGAAGGUUGCAACGCAAUACUUAUGCUAACAUGUUUAUAUGAAUUGAACGACGAUGAAGUCGCGAAGAGAAUUGCAAGUGCUUUUACCUCACAUGGGCACUUUGCAGAAAAAGGGGUUGAGCUUCGCUGCUGUAGUAUGACGCCUAUCGAUUGUGCGGCCGUGGUUUAUUUCUUAAAUCACUUUGAAACAGAUUUGGAAUGGUCACUUGAUUUAAAGUCCAACAGCAACCUUGAUGAUACUGGAUGUUUAGAACUUGCUAAGAUGGUUCAGUGCGGAGGUCCAGCUAAACUAAACAUUUCACGUUGUGGUGUUAGUGAUCAAGGUCUGCGAAACUUGGUGGAAGCUGCUGCAAUGAAGGAUUGUAGGCUCACCGAGUUAGAUAUUGGAGGCAAUGCUGAUGUUACAGAUCAAGGUCUAUCAUACCUUUCUGAUGCUCUUAAAAGUGAAGACUGCAAACUCCGUGUGUUAGACCUCCAUGGCAUUGUUUUAACAGAUAACAAACUCACGGUCCUAUGUGAGGCACUUCAGCAUCCUAACUGUAAACUGAACGAAAUACGUAUAAGUCUUGGUGUUCUUGCAUACGCCGAUGCCCACCCACAUGAACGCCAUGCUUUUCAGCAGCUGCGGCAAGCCCUUACCCAUGAAUCGUGCUGUCUGACUGUAUUAUGCCUUUGGAAUAGCCAAAUCACAGACGAAGGUCUAUCAAUGCUUUGCGAAAUUCUUAUCCAUGAAAACUGCAAAGUUAAUGAUUUAAAUCUCAGAAAAACUCGCGUUAAAGUACAAGGAAUGUGCAGCUUAUGCCAAGCACUCGUCCACCAAGAUUGCAAGCUCACAAGGCUGAACUUGGAAGAAAUCGAGGUCACUGACGAAUAUGUCAAGAGUAUUUGUGACAUGGUACAAAAUACGAAUUUCAAGUUACAUUUGCUAAAUCUGCGUAAUAAUAAAUUCACAAGACAGGGUGCAGCACAGAUUCGUCAAGCAUGCAGUCAAAGAGUGCGUCCUGCAUAUCUAAAACUGCUGCAUAAAAAAACGCCCCACUAUCCUGUGGUAGGUUGUAUAUAUUUAGUUAUAUAUAUAGUUCAGUAGUUUUCGUUGGGCACUAAGCUAUAUGAUAAUAACUUGUGUUGGCCCUUUUCUUUCUAAUAAUGUUGGCGAGAUUCAAUAUGGGAUUGACGAAAGUAAAAAAUGAGCCAUGCUGUUGUUUUUCGUUGGUUUUUGCUUGUUUUACGAACAACAAGCAUUAGUUAUUUCCCUGAUCGGUAUUUUAACAUACACCAGUGUGUAGGCAUCUCAUUGAAUACUCUUCCAAAGGAUUUUUGACCUGCGAUAGUAUUCAUUCCGCAAGCGAGUAAACUUCGUCUGUAGCUUUUAUAAAGCAUCCGUCAAUUUAAUGUUUUCAUCAAUACCAUGAUGCACUUCGCCACAACAAACAUGACGUCAUUAGCCAGGUGUAAAGAUAAUUUCGGGGUAAGAAUGACAAAGAUAAAAAUUCAUGGGGUAAAAUGCAAGGUGAAGUGAUAAGAAUCACUCGCACUUAUUGAUUUUCAAAUAGUAAUGAGAACAUCUGAAAAGAUAGAAUACAUAGUGCCUAGAAGGAAAUCUACUUAAGUUAAUGUCACAUCUACAAAUGUACGAAAGUAUUAUUAAAAUAUCAGUUGAAAUUAGAGGAAUUUAAUUGAAGAUGAAAUGAAUUUGGAAAAAUUUGAGAUGUAAAAAAAUGAAAAAAAUAUAGUGAUGUAAAAAAAUAAGUAUAUGUAAGAAAUAUGAAGAUUACCAUACUAAUGCAGUCUUAACGACAACCUGUAAAAAGUGGUCACUUAAAUCUAGAAUUUUAAUUUAUUUUAAUUUCUUAAAAGAAGCUAUUUUAAGAACCUAAGUAGCCUAAGAUUCUGUUAACUACCAUUUAUAUAAGAACCUGUUUAGGCUACUUCCCCAAAAUGUAGGUUCUUAUAUGCGGGUUUUUACUGUACUCAUAUGACAGUAAGUAAUACAGUGCUGUAUAUCGGCAUCUUUUAUGUAUAGUUUACAACAU